GGGCUUGGCAUGUGCUGUGGCUACGCGUGCACUCCCCUUCCCGUGAUUCCCUUAUACAGCCUCCACCAUUUCCUCUAUAAAACCCCACUCGCAUUUAUAUACACUCAGAUUUAUUUCUCAUAAUUUCUUUUUUUUUUUCUCUGUUUGAUUUUCCUCUCAAAUUCAACAGCAACAUCGAAGAAGAAGACUAAGAAGAAGAACAGCUUCUCAUCAGGUGAUGAUUUUCGCUUUUGUUUAUCGUUUGAUUUUCUCUGUUCUUUUUCCUUCCGAACGCAUUUAAUUGAAUAAUUGAUUAGUUUCUUCAUAUACGAAACUUGAUUGAUUGCAUCAAUUGAUUACUCUAAAUCAUUGUUUUAAUUUCGAAAUUACGUUGAUUCGAUUUUUAUCUGCUUUUAUCCGAUACCUCUUUGAAUCUUCAAGCAGCAGCACUUUUCUGAAUCUGAAAUCCAUUUCUUCCCCCUUUUCUGUUCCAAUCCGCCUGAAUCUGCAGCUCCACGGCGUGAAUAUGACGUCACCGCUUCUGUCACCAAAUCCGCCUGUAAAUUCCGACCGAUCGCCGGCUAGGAGGAGGAAAAGGAAGAAAAUCCAAAGCCAGAGCCAAAAUCCAACCGAAAACCGGGAAAAUUCGCCGAUCGAGUGGAGAUCCGACGCACAGCAGCAAAUCUACUCGUCGAAGCUGCUCCAAGCGCUGCGCCAGGUCCGUCAGGACAGCGGCGCCGCCGCCGCCGGCCCGAGGCGGGUACACGAGGCGGCUGACCGGGUCCUGGCGGCGACGGCGAGGGGACGGACGCGGUGGAGCCGCGCUAUCCUCACGAGCAGACUGAGGCUGAAGUUCAUGAAGAAGAACAACAUGGCGAAGCGGCAGAACCGGGUGAUAGCAGUGGUCACCAGCGGCGGCGGCGGCGGCCGGAUGCGGAGGAAAUCGAAGCUGAAGAUCUCCAGCCUGAGGUCCAAGUCGCUGCCGGCGGUCCAGCGCAAGGCGCGCGUCCUAGGCCGGCUGGUCCCCGGCUGCCGGAAAGAGUCUCUCCCGGUGGUUCUAGAGGAGGCCGCCGAUUACAUACCCGCCCUUCAGAUGCAGGUGAGAGCGAUGACUGCCUUAGUUGAACUACUUUCUGUUUCGGGCUCGUCGUCUUCCAGUACGGCCUCAUCCAGUUACAGUGGAGGUGUCAAUCCAUUCGGGCCGGGUUCGGGCCGAACUAGGCCGGCCACGUAAUUCGAAUUAUUCAUUUUUACUUUUUUUUUUUUGUCUUUGCUUUUGUUUUUAAAAAUCCUUGGUUAAAUGUUCUUGUUGGUUGAAUUGAAUACGUCUCUGAAUGAAUAUUCCUAUGUGAAUUACGAGUUUUCUUUGAGAAAUAGGAGUCUGUUAUAAAAGUUUUUGUGAUGUGAUAAUUGACGAAUUGUAUUCAUAAAUUCAUGUGUAUUUUAAUAAAUAAAAAAAUAAUAAUUUGUGGAUUAGGUGCAAGGCAUCCAAGUCGCAAUCUUCUUUAUUCACG